AUGGGCCUGUGUGUGUCGUACGACGCGGCGGCCGACGGCCCGGCAACCGCGAGGGUGGUGCUCCCCAGCGGCGAGCUCAGGGAGUACUCGCCGCCCGCAACAGCCGCGCUGGCGCUGGAGGAGGUGGCCCAUCAGGGGUGGUUCCUGUGCGACGCCGACAGGAUGGGGUUCGCGGGCUCCGUCGCGGCGAUGGCCGCCGGUGAGCAGCUCCAGCCGGGGCAGAUCUACUUCGUGCUCCCCGCAGAGAUGCUGCGACGCUGCCUCACCGGCGAGGAGGUGGCCUCGCUCGCCGUCAAGGCCAGCGCCGCCCUCGUCAAGGCCGCCACCGCCUCCUCUGCCGGCGGCCGGCGCCGGCGAGGCUCCGUGGCGCCGCUCGUGUUCGCGCCGUCGGAGGAGGACUACUCGAACGAAACCUUGGCGACGUUUGCCGUGAAGCCGGCGGUGCCGCAGAAGCGGAGGGUGGCCUUCCGAGGCGGGAGGUCGCCGCCGAGGUUCUCGCCUGACUUGACGGCCAUCCUGGAGAGCGAGUAG